GCGUAUACAUACUAUACAUAUCUGAACUGGAUUUAAUUUCCGCUUCGUAUAAGUAUUACUAUCUCGUUAAAUGAUAAACCUCGCUUGAAGGUGAAAAAGACUAGAAACUCGUGUAGAGGGCAAACAGUUCUCGUACGUAGUAAUUUGGUGGUCUACUCUAUAGUGGUCAGUGUUUAUGCCUCGCGCGUUACCCAAUGUGGACUCGGGGAUUGGCUGCCUGAUUGCAGCCUACGCUAAGCUAAGAGCACUGCCACGGCAUGCAUGAAUAUUUAAACUCUGGCUUGCGUUGAGAUAAGUACGUUCAAAGUAAAGGUCACUUCCAGUCCUAACAAAAAAAGAAAAAAAUGUCUGCUACUAUCUCGCCAACGCGCGCAUCCAAGCGCAAGAGAGCCGCAGUCAACUACCGCGAAGUAGACGACAAUAUAGACGACAAUGUUUACGAUUCCGACUGGCCCGUAAAGGGGAAACCCUUAAAGAGAAAUAAAAAGACGGCAUCUAACAAGCCACUGCCCAAGCGGAAGAUCUUCCCCUUUCUCAAACUGCCUCGAGAGCUCAAAGACAUGAUCUACGAGCACGUACUCCGCGACAGCGAAGGAAUCAACCUCGUCAACAAAACCAAGCAAUACCGACGAACGGUGCAGCGCGUCCACAACUUCGACGAAUAUAGAAAACUCCUGCAGCGAAAGCAACGACUUCAGAAGCACCGCCACUGCUGCGGCAGCCGAAGACUUCACCAACUUCCAAGCGAAACCGAAGGCGUCAAGCCGCUCGCGCUGCAGCUGCUAGUGACAUGCCGGCAAAUCCACGACGAAGCGCUGCCAAUCCUCUACGGCAGCAACGCCUUCACAUUCGAGAACAUGCCCGCGCUGUUCCACUUCCUCGCCAACACCAGCACCCGCAAUCGCGCCUUGCUCAAGGACCUCACCGUCUGCAGCUUCUUCCAGACAAGCGCCCAGAAGGCCAUGAACCCCCCGGCGUUCGCACUGCUCGCGACAGGCGCUCUUAACCUCAAUCGCUUGUUCUUUGACUGCUUGGUUGCUUUGCCCAAACGUGCUGAUAAGGCCGCUAUCCGUCUUUAUCGCGAUGCGUAUCAUUGGCUGGAGGCGGUGGGUGCUGCAAAGGGGAGGAGCGAUGCUGCGGUUGAUGUCGUGGCGGUUUCGGAUGUUAACUAUCUGAUUACGGAUGCGGGUGAUCGUGAGAAGGAGGUCCAGAGUUUUAAGGAUACGCUGGGUAAGCUGCUAAGGGGGGACAAACUGACGAAGAGGCAGUUGUCGAGAUCGUGAUCAUGUUGAUGCGUGAUUUGUUUGGAGGAGCGUCUCAAUGGCUGUUUGUUUUGCAUAGCGUGCUUUGGAAAGGAGUUGGGUGUCGCGGUAAGCGGAUGGGACUGAGUUUGGACUUGUUCAUUACUUACGGGAGUAGACGUUGCUUUCAAAUGCCCUGCGAAUAGAUCUUAACACUUCCUACAAGUUAUUUAUUUGAUAGACGUAGAGAAUGCAUUUACAACCAAAUAUGUAAC